AACGAUUUCAUUUACUCAGUAGUAUACAGUUGGAAUGAUCAAGGACAUGGAAACUGGAGUCAAUAUAUGUUUGUUAAUCGCCAUUUUCAACUAUUUGGCUACAACAGUGGCUGAAGUGAAUUACUCCGGAGACUUCAACAAGCAAUGUUACUCCCGGGAAUCAGAAUCCCCGGGGAUAUAUUUCCCGGUAAUCAGAAGACACUGGGACUGUCCAGAGAUGUUAAGUGAGAUGGGGGAGGAACAAGACGAAACAGAAUGGCCCCCACCCAGAUUUCCACCAGAAGAUCAAUUCUUUGAGUUCACCAUGAACGGGCUCAUGCCCAUACAGCGGAUGUGGUACUUCUCUCGGGCGCAGGAGAAAAAUCUCGGAAAGAGUAACAACAUCGAUCCACAUUGGACAGAGACAUCUAUAAAACAGUUGCAAAGUAAAACAAAGUCAGAUGAAGUGAUCAGUUCAUAUGAAGUUGAAUCAGACAGACUCAUCAAAAAAACUUUAGAAAAGUUUAGAGACAAUAUAGACGAGAAACAUGGAAUAGUUAUAGGCAGUGAACGACCGUGGUUAGAGGCUCAUCUUCUUAAUGCAAAUGCAAAACAUGUUACAACUUUAGAGUACGGCUCCAUCAAGUCCGAUCAUUCCAAAAUUUCAACCCUCACUCCAGUUGAACUCUCUAAGAGAUUUCAAGAAAAAGCUCUGUCACAAUUUGACUUUGGGUUUACUUACUCAUCUCUUGAACAUUCUGGGCUUGGUCGGUAUGGGGAUCCAUUAGAUCCUUGUGGCGAUCUCAAGACAAUGGCCUGCGCCUGGUGUAUCAUCAAACCCGGUGGGUUGUUCUUUCUCAACGUGCCUACGUCCAAGGACAACUCUAGCCAUACAUUCUGGAACGCUCAUAGAGUAUAUGGACGCGAGAGACUCAAGUUCAUGGCAGCAAACUGGAAUGUCGUAGAUAAAAUAACAUAUCCGACAAACAAUCCAGACACUGAUACUGUAUGGGUGUUUCAAAAACCAUAAUUGAUUAAUAAUAAACGUUUUUCCUCGGGCCAUGACUUUUUAAAGCUUCAUCAAUGUGAUGAAGCUUGAUAUAGGUUUUGCGUUGUUAACAGCACAUGUGAUCAAACAUUAAACAACUAGUGACUGCCAU